UUUUAAAUAUACUCCUCGUUCUGCUAUGCUCUAUGUAAAUUAGUACAUUGAAUUUCAUACGUUAUUCAUAUUUUGUUCAUUUUAGGAUGCCAGAAAAGCAGCAUGCGAUACGACGUUGGUUCAGGCCACGUCGGGCAUGGAGCCUAUUGGCCGGAUACAGAUGCGCACAAGACGCACACUUCGUGGUCACUUAGCCAAGAUUUAUGCGAUGCAUUGGGGCAGUGACUCAAGAAACUUAGUGUCAGCGUCGCAGGAUGGGAAACUAAUCGUCUGGGACAGUUAUACCACCAACAAAGUUCACGCGAUCCCUUUACGCUCUUCAUGGGUAAUGACCUGUGCAUACGCGCCAUCAGGUAGUUUCGUGGCCUGCGGUGGGCUAGAUAAUAUUUGUUCCAUCUAUAGUCUUAAAACUAGGGAAGGAAAUGUAAGAGUUAGCAGAGAACUCCCAGGUCAUACUGGGUACUUGUCCUGCUGUCGAUUCUAUGACGACAACCAAAUUGUCACUAGUUCUGGCGAUAUGACUUGUGCCCUGUGGGACAUAGAAACUGGUCAACAGUGUACCUCCUUCAUUGGUCAUACGGGCGAUGUAAUGUCCCUGUCCUUGGCUCCAGACACGCGUACAUUCGUAUCCGGUGCAUGUGAUGCCAGUGCAAAAUUGUGGGACAUUCGUGAAGGAUCUUGUAAGCAAACUUUCCCGGGUCAUGAGAGCGACAUAAACGCUGUUACGUUCUUCCCGAAUGGAUACGCUUUCGCGACGGGAUCAGAUGAUGCAACGUGCAGACUUUUCGAUAUUAGAGCAGAUCAAGAACUGACGAUGUAUAGUCACGACAAUAUUAUUUGCGGUAUUACCAGCGUAGCAUUCAGCAAGAGCGGUAGAUUAUUACUGGCCGGCUACGACGAUUUCAACUGCAAUGUUUGGGAUUCCAUGAAAGCUGAACGAGCUGAACAAACUGCAGCAAAUCAGCAUACAGCAUAAGCAUUAAAUACCACCACUUGGCCACCGAAGUCGGCGUGUCCAUGUCCUCGAUGGAGGCGAAUUACUCCCCAAGUUCACCGGAGUUGACGUUUAAAAAGUUUGGACAUCCGCUAGACAACAGCAGUAGAAAGACCCAUGGCAGCAGCGGCAGCAGCGGCAGUAGCAGCAAUGAAUUUAAGAACGUUUUGGGUUGUGGUGGUAAAAAUGACUACCGGAGACGCGUCGUUGAUUUAACUUGGCGACGUGGGAAGGUCGGCGAUAAAAUCACUCGUGAAUAUCAGCGCUUC